UCUACAUGUUGUCUGUUAUUUUCAAGUGAUACGUUUACUUAUUUAUUUAUAUCGUAGUAUAAAGUAUCCUGUGCGUGAAGUAGAUUUCAAUCGAUAUUGUGACCGAUUAAUUUUCAUUGGCGGUACAUGGAAUAAUUUUGUAGACGUGAACGUUUUGGUGACUUAUGGACCUACGUUUCUCGGAAUUCUUUUGCUACUUCAUAAAUUGUUUACAAGUUGUUCAUACUGCUUUGCGGCUAAGCAGAAUCCUCAGAACGUGCUAUUUGCGCUAGGAAUACAAUUUCCUUUUCAGGAAUCAACUGCAAACGUUGGAUGAACGUGAUGCAUCUUUACUAGAAGCAUUUGCGCGUUUUAUAACCUGACAACACGUCCAAAGUUUCUUCUCUUUUAACAUGUUAUUAAAUCUUUGACGAAGUAUUAAGCGAUCUGGAACAAACAAAUGAAUUUCAAGAUGUGGUCAUCACAAGGUAACAAUUCUAAUUCAAAUAAUUCAUCCAAAGAAGAAAAAAAUCUGCGUACACUGGGUAUGACAUCUGCUAUUAGUGUAGCAGAACCAAAGCCCAGUGAUUUUACUAGAACAAAUGAAUUAAAAGAAGCAUUAAAGCCUUACAAUGUGUUUGAAUCAGAAGAAGAAUUAAAUCAUAGGAUGGAAAUUUUAAGUAAAUUAAAUGCAUUAGUAAAACAAUGGAUAAGGGAUACAAGUGUUGCCAGAAAUAUGCCACCCAAUGUAGCCGAACAGGUUGGCGGUAAAAUAUAUACUUUUGGUUCAUACAGGUUAGGGGUACACCACAAAGGUGCUGAUAUAGAUGCCUUAUGUGUAGUACCACGUCAUAUUUAUCGGUCAGAUUAUUUUACAUCCUUCUUCGAGUUACUAAAAAUGCAAGAAGAAGUUACCGAUUUAAGGGCAGUAGAGGAAGCAUUUGUGCCAGUAAUAAAAAUGAAUUUUGAUGGCAUAGAAAUUGAUAUGUUGUUUGCUAAACUGGCUCUAAAAGAAAUUCCGGAUUCAAUGGAUCUCAGAGAUGAUAUGUUAUUAAAAAAUCUUGAUCAAAAAUGCGUUAGAAGUCUUAAUGGUUGCAGAGUUACAGAUGAGAUACUGCGUUUAGUACCUAACAUAGAAAAUUUUAGAUUGGCCCUAAGAGCCAUUAAAUUAUGGGCAAAACGACAUGGCAUAUAUAGUAAUGUAUUAGGAUAUUUAGGUGGUGUAUCAUGGGCUAUGCUAGUAGCAAGAACGUGCCAACUUUAUCCUAAUGCUGUUGCAGCAACAUUAAUAGAAAAAUUUUUCCUUGUAUUUUCUCAAUGGAAAUGGCCACAGCCAGUCCUUUUAAAGCAACCUGACAAUGUUAAUUUAGGAUUUCCUGUUUGGGAUCCAAGAGUGAAUAUAUCGGACAGAUAUCAUUUAAUGCCAAUAAUUACGCCUGCAUAUCCUCAACAAAAUUCUACCUUUAACGUUUCGGUAUCAACGAGAACCAUUAUGCAAGAAGCAUUUGAAAACGGUCUUUCAAUAACGGAAGAGAUUAUUAUGGGAAAAGCAACUUGGGAUAAAUUAUUUGAACCUCCAAAUUUCUUUGGAAAAUACAAACAUUAUAUUGUAUUAUUAGCAAGAAGCUUAACUGCUGAAGAUCAGCUUGAAUGGUGUGGACUUGUCGAAUCAAAAAUACGACACUUAAUAGGUACACUGGAAAGGAAUCCUCACAUCACAUUGGCACAUGUAAAUCCGGAGGCGUUUCCACCAUUAGAACCAGAACCAGAAAGACACUGCUCUAUGUGGUUCAUAGGCUUGCUUUUUGCCAAAAGCGAAAAUUUAAACGUUGAUCUAACGUAUGAUAUAAAAUCUUUUGUAGAUUCAAUUCUGAGACAGGCGGAACAAUUAAGCAUGUUGAAAGAAGGGAUGUGGAUUGAAGUAAAACACGUGAAAAAGAGGGAUCUGCACACUUAUGUAUCUCCUAGUUUGCUUAAACGAGAAAGAAAGGUUUCCGGUACUGUACAUAAAAACGGAAAUAUUGCUGGAAACGGUAAUAGUGGUAGCGUUUCGCCACGAAACCCAGGGAAUACAACGAACAGAAAGAGAUUAUCUGAUCAAAGUCAAGAUGCAAGUAUGAAAAAGCGAAAAGUCAACGAUGGCGAACAGCCAUCAGUGACACACCAUGGAGAAGAUGGAUCACUAGUUGUCCAGUCUUGCGGAGAAGAUAGCAAUUCCGGAUUCAGCUUGGAUGAAUAUAAACAAACAUUAUCAGCUGCUAAGGAUGUAAGACAUUGUACAUAUAAUGAACAGUAAUCAUCAUAUAACAGGAUUAGGAAGGGCCUACUGGUGCAUCAACAGUAGCACAGGAAGGAUAUGUUUGCACUUGACCGCUACAGGAGUACUACCUCACAUCUAUCCACAGAUGCUCCUCUGGGCCAUCUAGACUGUAAUCACUUCUCAUGCAACCAUCCACUGCCCACUGUAAGUCCCCCGUUUCGUAAAAACAAAGCAACGUCAUGCGUUGGAGAGAACUACCCGUUGGAGUCAAUCGAUGCACGACUGUGUGUGACGGACACUCUAAUUUUAGUAUUUAUCAACAUCUACAGUCAAUGGGAACAACUAUGUUAUUGAAUAAUUGUGCCAGUGUCUGUGAUGUUAUUUUUUUAUCGUAAAUCGCGUUAGUAAUUUUGAAAAGUUACGAUCGAAAAACUAUAGAUAGCAAAGCUUCAAAACCAUCACUAUGUGAAUCUAAGAUUCAUAAUUUUAUUUUUAUAUUUCAUUUUGUACAUAUCACUUAUGAUCAUUUUUAUCCACGAAAUUAUUAAAAAAGAAAAAAAAAGAGAAAUAAGAAAAAAAAGAUGAUAAGAACAUGGUGUCGGGUGUAAAAUACAGUUCGAUGUUGUCGCGUUAAAAUGUGAAUAGACAACGAUAUUUUGAUUAAAUGCUUGUAUUAGGAUUUUCAGUCAAAUGAAAAAAAAAAAAAAAAAAAGGAA